GCCACAGAGGUAAGAGGAGCCAAGCUUUCAUGUGAGGCUCCGCAUCGGAAUGAAAUAAGUGCAUCUUUCCUGAACUUUUUUCUUUUUAAGUUUAUGGUGCUCUGGAUAGGUUUUAUUGAGCAUAAGAAUAUUAUUCUCUCUAUUUAUACUGCAAAUUGAAAAAUCAUUGGUAGGUGGUGGAAGUCUGAACUUAUGGAGUAUUUCGAUUCAGUGGGAUAUGUGAUUAUCACCUUUAACUACAAUGUUACUGUAAUUGGAAAGAUCUGGCUGACCUUAAUGAUCCUGCUAAGAAUGGUUAUGGUUAUCCUUGCUGGUUACCCACUCUAUCAGGAUGAACAGGAGCGAUUCAUCUGCAAUACGUUACAGCCAGGGUGCUCCAAUGUGUGCUAUGAUAUCUUCUCCCCCAUGUCCCAUAUGAGAUACUGGCUUAUUCAGACUGUGAUGGUCUUUUUACCCUAUGCCCUGUUCAGUGUCUAUGUCUUGCACAAAAUAAUGGUAUAUAUGACCAAUGCAAAUGAUCACUGCAGAAAAAGUAACUCCUCUACCUAUCAUGGAGCAGGCUUACAAAUGGAAAUACUCAAUUUUUCUGGAGCAUACUUUGUUCAUGUGGUGCUGAGAACUUUAUUAGAAGUUGGCUUUGGUGUUGGGCAAUACUUCCUUUUUGGAAUUUUAGUUCCAAGUAGGUUCAACUGUUCUCAGUCUCCUUGCACCAGCAAUGUUGACUGCUACAUCUCCAGACCCACCGAAAAAUCCCUUAUGAUGAUUUUUAUCUGGGGAUCUGAAGUCGUGUCUCUGAUUCUGAGUUUGGUGGACUUGAUUUAUGUAUGUCAUAGAAGACGACAUUCACGGAAGAUUAAAAAACAACUGCUGCUUCUUGAAAAUGAUUCUCUCAAAGGUGGUUGCUGUUCUGAUUCACAUCCUCAUACAAAGCUAGCUGUGACCCCAGAUCAAAUGGCUAUGUAUCCCGAUUGUCCUACUCGGAGCCUUGAGAAAACAGAUGAGCAAAACAAAGGCGAUUCACAUUCUGUCCCUUCCUAUGAAGGAGAAACUGCUUCAUUUCAAACUGAAGGCUCCCAUCAAGAUAUGGGAAAGUCUAAUGUGAAUGCAAACAGCAAUAAAACUUGUUCCUGGCAAGUUGGCGUGACAUCAAGUGGAAAUGAGCAUCAUCUGCUCACUCACAGGCAACCAAAGUGUAAGAAAGAGAAUGGCAGCAAUUGUAAUCUGGUGGAUUCACCGCAAGCACAAAAAAAAUCAUCACCCAAAAAUCUGAAAUCUGAGUGGGUUUAAAACAUACGUAUAUUAAUUGUUCAUUGGUUUUCUUAAUAUGCAAAUAAUAUUUGUGUUUUAUCCUUUGCACUCUUGUCUGUUUAUGUGUGAUGAAGUAGAAUAUACAGCAUAAGAAAAAGAAAAAAGAUAUCCCCAUGUCAUUAAAUUAUGAGACAUAAUGUGACAAACAAUUCAGCUGAUCUUCUGCAAUUUAUCUCUUAUUGAUCAAGGAACAACCAGUCUAGGAGCGUUGGUUAUCUCCAGGUGGGAGAAUGGAGAUAAGAAGAUCCCUUUAUUUUAUGUACAGUAUUUGUCAUCCAUCUAUAUGACUACAACUCUAAACAACAGGGAAUUUAAAUUGACAUGUUUUUUUUUUUUUACUAUAGGGUUUAGCAAUUUGCAUGUUUUUUCUUGCAUAUAGGUGAUUUGGGAAUGCGGUCUAUAGAUCUACAGUGUCUAGUUAGACAGUCUGUAAGUCGACACCAAAUGGUCAAAGUCGACAUGGUCAAAAGGUUGACCUAUGAAAAUUCAACAGUGCUUAUGGCCGACAGGUACAAAAGGUCAACAGGUUCAAAUAGCCGACAUGGCAAUGGUCGACAAACAUAUGGUUGACAUGAGUUUUGCUAUUUUCAUUUUAUAACUUUUUCAUACUUUACCAUCCAUGUAGACUACGAAUGGUAAUAGUAACCUGUGCCCACUGCCCAGCACAGUGAGGUACCGUGCCUGAAGCAUGGGGAGCGAAGCGAGCCAUGCGCGGGGAUGUGGUGCACCAAUUUGGGGGGGUCCAUUUGCUUAAACGGCGAAAUUGCAAAAACAAUGUGUCGACCUUUUUCUGUGUUAACCAUUUUCCAUGUCGACAUUUUGUACCUGUCGACCUUUUCCAGUGUCGGCCUUUCAUAGAUCGACUUAAUGACCAUGUCGACCUUGUGUCCAUGUCGAUCUUUUCACCGUCGACCAUAUGGUAUCAACCUAUUUAUUGUAGACCUUCUUACUGUAGAUCUAUUGAACUGUAACCAUUGAUUUGUUUAACUGUAUACAACUGUAAUAAAUAAAUAUAGAUAUAUAUAUAUAUAUAUUUAAAUAUUUGGAAGUGGUAUUUGCAGUCAGUGGUGGCGGCGCAAAGUGUGUGUGAUUUGUUUUUAAAAAAGGCAGGUGUGCACACCAUGCAUGUAAGAUCCAAUGUGCACCCAUGAGAUGAUC